AGCCAUGUGGGCAAGCCGGCCAAGCCGUUUGGUGAGUUAACACGACCGCCAGGCCGAAUGGCUGGCCUUUGUUGCUGCCAUGAGAGUUACGAGUCUGAAAGCUCGGACGAUGAAGAAGGCAUUGCUGAGGUGACCCUGCACAUUUACGACGUUUCUCGAAGUGAGAAAAUCGAAAUGGCCAAUGAUAUUCUCCAUAAGUUGGGAACUGGCAUUUUUCAUGCUGCAGUGGAAGUCUAUGGCUUGGAGUGGAGCUAUGGGAAAUCCAAAGGCUCCGGGGUCUUCAGUUGUCAACCUCGGAGUUGCAAGGCACAUCACUUCCGAGAGUCCGUGCCCAUGGGCCACACCAGACGCACGGAGGAGGAGGUCCAUGAGAUCAUUGAUGCCAUGAAGCUGGACUGGCGUGGGCCGGACUACGACCUCCUCAAGCGGAACUGCACCCACUUCUCCGAUGACUUUUGCUACCAGUUAGGCCUUCGCCGUGUGCCCAAGUGGGUCAUGAACCUCUCGGCGGCGGGUGUGACUGUGAAGGGAGGCACGCUCUAUCUCAAAUCAGUGACGUCUGCCCCGGGUGUUGCUGCAGCUGCGAAGGCUGGAAGCAUCGAGCAGGGUGUGAUUGCCCUGAUGGAGAAAGGCCGAGAGCGGAGAGAAGCCAAGCAGGGCGAGGACUCGGAAUCUCCAUUCCACGCCACAGACCUGGCACGUGGUUUGGUGCAGCUGGGGCAGGAUGUGAGACAUGUGGACCACAACGGGAGGGUCCACGUGCGGGAUGUGGUCGCUGGCAUGAAAGCCGUAGUCUUCCGACGGCAUUCCAGCAACCUGGACGCCUUCCGCCUCCCGGUCCAGUGAAGUGAAGAUGUGGGAGAAUGUCCCAACUAUGAUCUGAGAGGAUCUCCACACCAGCUGACAGAAGACGGAGCAGAAGGAGCUUGUUGCCAGAAUGGCUGAUAGUUCCUGUUGGCCCAGUGUGGCCUAGCAGCCUACUGCAAGCUAGGUGAAUUCCGAAUUCCCAGUUGGACUACAGGAGGAUCCAUAGGUACAAAACGGUAUACAAUGUCCAAGAAAACCAAGUCCACAGUUUUCAAAAAGAAUGCGCGGAGGUUUCGUUCCAGCGCUGAAAUUGUGAGAGAGGGCUACCUCGCCUCCUUUUUCAAAUGGAGUGUGGACCCGAACCCAGUUCCUAGCGCAACAGGUAUGGGGCAUGAUGUGCUACAUUUGCACUGGUGCAUCGGGGGCUACCUUUGGCGGGCUUGGCGAGACAGCUAAAAUCUUUC